GAAGUCCCGGUCAGAAGAGCAGAUCGCACGCGUGUGCUUGUCAGCAUCGAAUGUUGCCUCGCCUAUCCAUGCGCACGGAUCAUGGUGGAAGCUCGGCAGACAAAACCUUACGAGCUAAUGCUCGCCGAUCAAAUGAGGAAAGUGCAAUGUGACUGAUCGUUCGACCUCGUGGAGUUGCGCUGUGUGUAAUCUGACCUUGUCGCCGUCUAAGGGCUUGAAAAAUGUCGUCGAUUUACGUUCUAGAGCCGCCUACGAAGGGAAAAGUUUUGCUGAACACGAGUUUGGGACCGCUGGACUUCGAAUUGUGGCCCAAAGAAGCACCGAAAGCGGUCCGCAACUUUGUGCAGCUGUGUUUGGAAGGAUACUAUGACAACACAGUCUUCCAUCGGAUAAUUAAAACUUUCAUGAUUCAAGGUGGUGAUCCAACCGGAAGUGGAACAGGUGGUGAUACGAUAUAUGGGGAGCCUUUUGCUGACGAGUUUCACUCCAGAUUAAGGUUCAACCAUAGGGGUCUUGUUGCAUGUGCAAAUGCAGGAUCAGCAAACUCGAAUAACAGUCAGUUUUUUAUGACAUUGGAACGAUGUGACUGGCUGGACAAGAAGCAUACUAUCUUUGGCAAGGUAACAGGAGAAACCAUUUACAAUUUGAUAAAAAUUGGCGAAGUAGAAACCGACAAAGAGGAUCGACCGUUGGAUCCGCCAAAGAUUCUUUCUGUUGAGGUCCUUUGGAAUCCCUUCGAUGACAUCGUAAUAAGGAAUUUGCGCCAAAGUGCUGACGUUCAAGAAGCAACGGAAGCGGCUUCUAAGGAGAAAAAGGGAAGGAAGGUUAAGAAAGAGUUAAAUCUUCUGUCGUUUGGGGAAGAAGCUGAGGAGGAAGAACAACAGCUAGCGGCUGUAAAGGAAAAGAAAAUCAGGAGUAGUCAUGAUGUUUUGCAAGACCCUAGGCUUUUGAAAGCUGCAAGUGAUGCGCUCGAAGUGGACCCAACGGAGGCCAAAAGAAGAAAGGGUGUACAGGAAAGUGUAAGACAGGCUCUAGGUGGGUCUGGGAAAGACAAUGCUGUUUCAGAGCACAGAGAAAGGGAGGCACCUUCUCAUGGAAGUGACGAGGAUGAAGUUGACUUUGACAAGAGGAUGAGGGAGCAAAUCAUGAAGAAGAGAAUGAAUCUAGCAGACUCGAAGACUAUGGGAUCGGAUAGAAAGCAAGGGAAAAGCUCCACAACAAAGAAGUCCUCAGUACCACCUGCAACACCCUCAAGUAGACCAGACGUACCAUCCAGACACGAAGAGAAGUCUAGGGAAGACGACGAUUCUGAUAGCGAAGGAGGUACGAAGAAAGAGAAGCUUUCUAUAAAAAAGAGGGGCCUUGGCUCUGAAGCUAGAGCAGAAGCUGCCGCAACAGCUGAUUUGGACAUGCAACUCCUCAGUCCUCUUGAGCAACAGCGUGCCAGAUUUAAACAAAGAAAACGUACUCUUCAGGGUCGUGAGGAGAAUACCUUGGCGAAGUUAGAGAAGUUCAAGAAGAAGUUGCUGGAUACCAAAGAUAAGUCCGUCAAGUCCGCGGAGGCAACAAAAGCUGAAGAUGACGAAGGCUGGUUAGCACACAGCUUGAAGUUUAUUGCCGAUCCAAAGAAGGAUGAUAUGUCCAGGAAUGAAGAUCCAAAUCAGUAUAUUGUUCAAGAUCCUUUGCUUGAGAAAGGGAAAGAAAAGUUCAACAAAAUGCAGGCGAAAAUGAAGAAGCGGGGAAAGGAGUGGGCUGGAAACUCUCUGACGUAGAUGUUCAAUCAUACAUACCGCUCCCGUUCAAUCACGUGUUCUCUGCGUUGAUGAGUUUAGUCAAUCAAGGUCAAAGUAAGCAAUCUGCUCAAUUUCCAUGUUUCUUGAAGUAGUUGUACAGAUUGGAGGUUGAACAGAUUGUCGGAAAGGCGACUAGUCUCUCUUGCUUUAAGACGAGAGCUGUGUAUAUUUUGCCUUCCGAUUUCCUUGGAAGUAGCUCAGAUUGUAAAUUCUUAUAAUCUCUACCCCAUCA